ACCGGACGUUUCUUUUUUUUUUUUGAAAAAAGGGAGGCAAAGAUUGUGAGCCUAGGACCAAAUGAAACCACCAAAGAGGACAACUAGGGCGAAGGAGGAGGAUGAUGUGCAAUCUCCGCCGCCUUCUAUGCUCCAAUGGUGGCGUAGAUGGACGGUGUUGGUGGCGGCCAUCUGGAUUCAAGCCUUCACGGGCACCAACUUCGAUUUCUCCGCCUACUCCUCCGACAUGAAGUCGUCCAUGGGCGUUUCUCAGUCGCGCCUCAACUACAUGGCUGUCGCUUCUGAUUUAGGCAAAGCAUUGGGCUGGUCUUCCGGUUUCGCCGUUGCCUAUUUCCCUGUCUCCGCCGUCCUAUUCUCCGCCGCUGCUAUGGGUCUUGUCGGCUACGGCGUCCAGUGGUUAUCCAUCGCGGCCGACGUCAUCGAUCUCCCCUACUCUCUGGUUCUGGUAUGCUGCUCGUUAGCUGGAUUAAGCAUCUGCUGGUUCAACACCGUCUGCUUCGUCCUCUGCGUUCGACACUUUGAAUCCAACCAUUCCCUCGCCUUGUCUCUCGUCGUGAGUUUCAAUGGGAUCAGUGCUGCCUUGUACACGCUUGGCCAUGAAGUCAUCAGUGGGAAAUCAUCAGCAAGCUCUGACAUCUACCUUCUCCUUAACUCUCUCAUCCCUUUAUUCGUCUCUCUUUUAGCCCUCUGGCCUGUCCUUACUAACCCUAACUCCUCUGAAUCCCAUGCUAGUAACCGGACCCGUGAUGAAACCCGAAUCUUCAUCGUCUUCAAUGUCUUAGCCCUAAUCACAUGCUUUUACCUUCUCUUGCCUUCCUUAGACACCUACUUGGCUUCAUCACCUCUUUGGCAUUUCCUCGGUGCCAUUUGCCUUCUCCUUUUCCCAUUGUGCGUCCCCUUUCUCGACUAUAUUUACCGUGCUCUCCCCUCCUAUUUCCACCAUCACAGCUCUGGCUAUGCGGUGGUUAACAUAGAGGAGCCCAAGAUCCCAAAAAGCGGGCGCUUGGACCAUGAGGAGAUUAAAUCAUAUGAUGAAUGUAAUACAGUGGGACGCUUAGGAGAUGAACACUCUCUUGGAAUGUUGGUUCGUAGCCUGGAGUUUUGGCUAUACUACUUAGCGUAUUUCUGCGGGGGGACCAUUGGUCUUGUCUACAGCAACAACUUAGGUCAGAUCGCUCAGUCUCUAGGACAGAGCAGCUCAAACGCAAAAUCCUUAGUGACACUCUUCUCUGCCUUCUCCUUUUUGGGAAGGUUGCUCUCCUCUGCACCUGACUUCACACGCAAGAAACUAGACUACCUGACAAGAACAGGCUGGUUCACCAUUUCGCUGCUUCCAACACCUUUGGCCUUCUUCAUCCUCGCGUAUUCAUCCAAGACCGCGCUGCUACAGGUUGCGACCGCACUUAUAGGGUUAAGUUCAGGGUUUGUUUUCGCGGCAGCGGUUUCAGUAACUUCCGACCUCUUUGGACGCAACAGCGUUGGUGUAAACCAGAACAUACUCAUCACAAACAUUCCCAUCGGAUCGCUCUUCUACGGAUACAUGGCUGGUUCUGUCUAUGACAAGCACGCAACACCAUCUGUCGUGUCGGACACGCUUGUUUGCGUGGGAAGAAGGUGUUAUUUUGCAACGUUCUUGUUUUGGGGUUGUUUGUCUGUUGUUGGAUUAGUAUGUAGCUUGAUACUGUUUAUUAGAACCAGACCAGUUUACCACCGGUUAGCACAAAACCGAUAUUAAACCGGUGUAGUAUCAGGCUGCUUUUAGAUUGAUGGGAUGUUGUAAAAAUGCUCUAUUUUCUUAAAGAAUGACAACAGAUUUUUACA